AUGUACUCCAAUAGGUCACAAUCAUAUAGAAAGAAUGACUCUUUAAAACUUUAUCCAGUAAGUCCAACUGAAUCUCAUCUAUAAGAAUCAGAAUACAAAUAUUUACCUUUGAUUACAAGAGUUAGUUAAGAAUAAUUAGACCCAAAGUGGUAGGAAUGCAAAAUAGAUGGUAAAAAUCUCUUACCGAGAUCAAGUUCAUCAAUAACCAUCUAAAACAAUCAGUAUAUUAACAUAAUAACUCAGUUUAUAUUUAUAUGGAGGAUAUUAGUAUGCAAUAGGUAUUAUGAAAGAUUUCUAUAAACUUAAUCUGAAUGCUCAAACUUAUGUAUGGUAGAAAAUUAAAUGUGAUUAUGAACCAGGACCACGUUGCAGACAUUCCAUUUGUAGUUAUUAAGAUAAUAUUUACUUAUUUGGUGGAUAAGUAGCUGAUUCAAUUUCAACAAAUGAAAUAUUUAUUCAUGAUGUCAAAAAACAAUAAUGGAAAAAAUUAGAAAUUAAUAAAACAUAUCCAUAACCUAUGGAUAAUCAUUGUGCAACAUUAUAUGAAGAUUAAUGGAUUAUUUUUGGAGGUUUUUAUAGUGGUAAUGAAUGUAAACAUUCUAAUGAUUUAUUCAGCUAUAAAUUUAAUGAAAAUAGAUGGAUGAGAUUAAAUAAAUAAAAAGGAAUGGAACCAGCACCUAGAGAUGGUAGUUCUAUAACUAAUCAUAAUAAAAGUGUAUAUAUAUUUGGAGGUAAAAAUGGAGAUUUAAGGUAUAAUGAUCUUUGGCAAUUUGAUAUGUUAAAAUUAGAAUGGAUAUUUAUUGCUAUAAAUAGUUUUAAUAAUAUUCCUAUGAGUAGAUCAGGACAUUCAUUAAUAUCAUAUUAAAAUAAAUUAAUUUUAUUUGGAGGUAUUCAUGAUGUAACAUGGGAACUUGAUGAUUUACAUUGUUUCAAUUUGGAUCUAUAAGAAUGGAAAACAAUUAAUUUUGAUACAUCUAGAAGACAAGAAUUAGAAUUACCUUCUCCUACAAAAACUAAUAGAAAUUAACCAAGAUAAAGGAAACUAAAAAGAUUACCUAUCUUACUUAGACCUUUAAGUUUGAGAAAAUCUCCAUGUCCUUCACCAAAAAAACUUCGUCCUGGUUCAUAAUCAUAAUAUUCAUCUUAUUCUAUUAAUAAUCAAAAUAAUUUUGCAAGUCCUGAUUUAAGUCAAUGUUAAAGUAAUUAAAAUAAUUAGAAUAAUUCAACUGUUCAUACAACUAUGAAUAAUGUUUAGGAAAGAAAAAGAUGGGAAUAAUAAAAGAAAAAAACAGCCAUGUUAAAAUUAUUUGAAGUUGAAAAUAGAGAAAUUAUGAAUUUUUAAGAUGAUUGUAAUGUUGCUGAAAAAUUAAAGACAUCAAUUAUUUUAAUUGGAAAUCCUAAAUAAGAUUUAAAAUUAAAAAAAGGAAUAUUAACAGAAUUUGGAUAAUAAAUUAUAUCAAAGUAUUUAUAAUUUUUUAAUAAUAUUUAGAUUUCUAUAACCAUUAACAGGAGGAUAAAAUACUAUUAAUGGAAAGAAACCAUGUGCAAGAGAUGGACAUGCAGUUGCUGUAUUUAAUGAUUUUAUGAUUACAUUUGGAGGUGAUAGACAUACAAUGUCUUUUAACGAUUUGUAUUUAUUGAAUUUGAAUCACUUUUGA